AUAAGAUCCUGUAUCCACCCCUGGUGUAUGUAACGUGACAAUGUCACCUCGUGACCCAAACUGUAUCAGUUACUCUCAAGUUUAAAUAUCAUGGAUGUUAAGUCUAGCAGAUGUUAUGAAAACAAUACUGUUUUUGCUUAGAAAAUACAAUGGCGACCGGUCAAGAACAGGAUGUGAUACGAUGUGACCUUUGUGAGAAUCCGGUAGUGUUCCACUGCAAUCCCUGUAUUACAAAUAUGUGUGGGAACUGUGUUCUCACACAUAUGUCAGAUAAAACUAAGAAACACGAAGUGGUGGAGUUUAAGAAUAAAAAAGAAAAUUUCCUGUAUCCAGAGUGUAAAUCUCACGAGAGCAAAUGUGAGACUUACUGUCAUGGCUGUAAAGUUCCCGUAUGCAUAAAAUGCGCCAUAAGCUUGCAUAAGGAGCAUGACGUCACGGAAAUAGAAGAAAUCGUACAGAAACACAGAGAGAUUAUUAAGUCCGAUACACAGAAACUCAGAGGAAAGGUCGAAGAUUUCCAAACGCGUAAAGAGAAAAUCUCGAGAAGCGAGGAAGCAUUUGAUAAGGUCAUUGCUGAUAUAACAAGAAUGGAAAAAGAGAUACAAGAAUUGGCUCAUAAUGUAGCUGAAAAGAUGAGGAAAGAAGUUGCUGAAAAGAAAGAUGAGAAUGAAGCGGUGAAUGCCGGCAACGAAUCUAAAGUAUCCGAUGCCGAACGUAAGGUACAACGAGCUAUAGAGAAUAACAUCGAACUUCUACAGUCCAAAAAUAUCAUGGAUUUUAUUAACUAUCGUGGUGCAUAUGAAGAUGUGACAAAAUACCUAAAUCUAGCAGAAAACCUAUACCCACUUAUGCUAUGCAGUGAAAUUCGAGAACAUCAGAUUUUGCAUCUGUUUGGAACUUUAUCUUUUGAAGAGGAUCAAAAGGUCAGACGUGAAGUAUUUCACUUAAUAGAAAAUCCAAAGGUCCUUGCUACCGUACAGAGCGAUCACAGCAAACUUAGACAAAUAUUUUGUGCUGGGAAUGAGAGAGUAUGGACGAGCGGGAAUAAAAACACGAUAACACAAAUAGAAAAGUACGGGGACAAUUCAAUAAAUAUUAAAUCAAAUGGCAGUCCCACAUGUUUAUCAAUAGACCACCAGGGGUGCUUAGUGUUUUCAACAACAGAUGAUACCAAAAUCAGAGUAUACAAGGAGGGACAUGUAGAAACACUUUUGAAUAUCACAAGCUGGCGUCCAAGGGGUAUCUGUCAUACAAGGAAUGGGGAUAUGCUAGUGAGUUUGCGCUCUAAAGGUAAAAAGCAAAGUAAAGUGGUGCGGUACUCGGACACCACGGAAACUCAGUCGAUUCAGUAUGACAAGAAGGGACAGCCAUUGUUUUCUACUGGAUCACAGUCUGCACUUUUCCAGACUGAGAAUGGAAACGGAGAUGUAUGUGUUGCUGACUAUGGCGGGAAGGAAGUGGUCGUGGUGAAUGCGUUUGGAGGACUGAGAUUUAAGUAUCGGGGCAACCUUUCUAAGCAAUCCAAGUACACCGAAUUUAAACCAUUAUUCAUUGCUGCUAAUGUCUACCAUCAAGUACUGAUCAAUGACAAUAUAAAUAACAUUGUACACGUUGUAAACAGUGAUGGUAACUUUAUCCGUUAUAUAGAACAUCCGUGUAACGGAGGACUAAGCAUUGAUGCUGACCAUAAUCUGGUCGUUGGAGACGAAACGUCUGGAGAAAUUAAAAUAAUGAAAUACUUGCAGUGACAACCUUGACUGAAAAUCAGCCAUGGCCGCACAAACCUGUCUCUAACUUGCAUUCAUGUAUCUAUACAUAAAGAAUUUCAAUAUUUAA